AUGUCAAUAAAAAUAUAUCUAAAAUCUCUGAAACUACAAAUUCGAUCUCGAAUAAAAGAUGGUUAUGAUGAAGAUAAUAACUUGUAUGAAGAAUGUAUAAAUGAACAUAACAAUGAAGACGUAAAAAAGUACAACGAAUAUAAAAAAAUUACUGAUAAUGAUUAUAAAAAGUCUAUACACAAUUGUGAAAAGCCAAACAAAGGCAAGAAAGAAGUGAUCCAAACAACGAAUCUCAAUUUUUCUAAUCGAAAUGCAGAAAAAUUUUUCUAA